AUGGCCGACCUCAAAGAUGUCGAGGCGCCCCAAAACGCUCACAGCGAGGAUAAGGACGCCGUUGCGUUUGAACUGGAUGAUGUGGCAGACCAAAAGCUCGAAAAUGGGAUGACCGAAGCCGCCAUGGACGCGGAACUACAACAGCUCGAAGAGCAGGUGCACAGCCUUCCUAAAUCUGGCUUCGAGAUGACCUUGUCCAAUCCUGCUACCUUCACCUAUGUCCUCGUCGCUUUUGCGUCCAUGGGAGGUAUGCUAUCUGGACUUGACCAGUCGCUUAUCAGUGGCGCAAACCUCUACCUUCCCGUUGAUCUGGGCUUGUCUUCAGCAGACAACAGUCUAGUCAAUGCAGGAAUGCCGCUCGGGGCCGUUGCCGGUGCUCUUCUACUUUCUCCGGCAAACGAGUACCUUGGUCGUCGUAUGGCUAUCAUUGUUUCCUGUAUUCUGUACACCAUCGGCGCCGCCCUGGAGGCUGGCGCCAUCAACUUUGGAAUGAUCUUCGCUGGUCGAUUCAUUCUUGGAGCGGGUGUCGGUUUGGAGGGUGGUACCGUCCCAGUUUAUGUCGCAGAGUGCGUUCCUCGCAGACUUCGUGGUAACCUAGUCUCUCUGUACCAACUAAAUAUUGCCCUGGGCGAAGUCCUCGGCUACGCCGUUGCCGCAAUGUUCGUCAGCGUUGAAGGCAACUGGCGUUACAUCCUCGGCUCUUCAUUGGUAUUCUCGACAAUUCUCUUCGUGGGUAUGCUCUUCUUGCCAGAGAGUCCUCGGUUCCUGAUGCACAAGGGACAUGAGAUCAAAGCGUACGCAGUAUGGAAGAAGAUCCGCGGGUUCAACGACUUCGAAGCAAAAGACGAGUUCCUCGGCAUGCGUCAAGCUGUCACAGCCGAGAGCCAAGAGCAAGCCCAGACGAAGAAGUACCCCUGGAUGGACUUCAUCACAGUGCCUCGUGCACGUCGUGCGAUGGUCUACGCCAAUAUCAUGAUCUUCCUCGGACAGUUCACCGGCGUCAAUGCCGUGAUGUACUACAUGUCAACGCUGAUGCGGGCGAUCGGCUUUGGCGACAAAGACGCCGUCUUCAUGUCUCUUGUCGGUGGCGGAUCGCUGCUGAUUGGUGCUGUUCCGGCUGUGCUGUACAUGGAGCGGUUUGGUCGUCGGUACUGGGCGAACGCGAUGCUUCCUGGCUUCUUCAUUGGUCUUGUGCUCGUUGGUGUUGGCUACACUAUCGAUGCUGUUAAAUACCCCGCUGCAGCGCAAGGUAUUUACCUCACUGGUAUUGUGCUGUACAUGGGUUUCUUUGGCUCAUAUGCUUGCUUGACGUGGGUCGUGCCUUCCGAAGUCUUCCCUACGUACUUGCGUUCGUAUGGAAUGACCACAGCCGACGCAAACUUGUUCCUGUGCUCGUUUAUCGUCACGUACAACUUUACCAGGAUGAUGGAUUCUAUGCAGCGGAUUGGUCUGACGCUUGGGUUCUACGGUGGUAUUGCCGUUCUCGGCUGGGUUUACCAGAUUAUAUUCAUGCCGGAGACUAAGAACAAAUCCCUCGAGGAGAUUGAUGAGCUAUUCUCCCUUCCUACUUCUAUUAUUGUUAAGCGGAACUUGAAGCAGACUGCACAGGUUCUCCGAGACUUGUCGCACUUCCGUCUCAAGAAGGUGUUUUCUCCUGAGCCAUACAAAUAG